GCCUAGCCUACGUCUGCGUGUUUAAGACUUUGGUUCAGACUGGUUUAGGGAGAGCCCGUGAGGGCUGUGAACGGGGUGGGAGCGUCGGGACGCAUCAGCUCUUUAGUUUGUUAAUAGCAGCUCGUUGCUUUUAUUUCGUGCCGUGCUGGUGCCUCUUUGUUGAGGAGACUCUUCAGGCAAGCUGGGGACAGCAGCCUUUCUGGAGGCAAAGCGCUGUAUGCGUGCACACGGUUCCAUGUGAACAGCACGCAGGGCCAGGCUGCAAGAGCAAGAAGGCAGGAUGUUGUCGAGACCGAAACCUGGAGAGUCCGAGGCAGACCUGCUGCACUUCCAAAACCAGUUCCUGGCAGCCAGAGCUUCACCUGCAGUGAAGAUUGUGAAGAAAGCAGACAAGAGGAAGGGGGAGAAAGGGAGCACAGAUGCCGAGAGACCCCCGCUACAAGAGAGCAAGGAUGUAGUCAUGUUGGAUGAUUUUCCUGAUACUCUCCCAGCUCUAACUCCAGCUCCUCCAAAAAAGUCCAAGAUCAAAAGUGCCUGUGUCCACUUUGAGGAUGAAGAUCCAGAGGAAAGACUGGAGCGUCACGAUCAACACAUUACAGCAGUCUUCAGCAAAAUUAUUGAACGAGACACGAGUGCAGUAGCAGUGACCAUGCCAGUGCCCACAGGAGACCCAUUUCCAAGGACAUUUCACCGCUCUGAGAUAAAAAGUGAGGUGAAGGUGGGAUCUGGAAGAAAAAGCAUCUUUGCACAAAAGAUGGCAUCGAGAAGAGCUGCUGAAAAGGCAGCAACGGCUCCCUCUGCUGCCGAGUGCGUGCAAAUAAGAUCGGAUGCCCUGGAUCCUGAGGGAUCAGCAGGAGAGGCACCUCUCCCCAGCAUUAGGGACGAUAAAGCUGGUGACUUUUUGACCACUCAGCGGCCUUGUCUCAUAACGGGAGAGGGUCUUGGAAGCCAAAAGAGUGAGCAGGAGGCUCAAGCCAUUCACAAAGAGAACUUGGAGAAGCUGCAGUCCAUGUCUGAGGAAGAGAUCCUGCAGGAGCAGGAAAGGCUUCUGGGUCAGCUGGAUUCCAGUUUAGUUGCUUUCUUAAAGUCACGACGUGGUGGCAAUGAAGGCCAGAAAAAGGAAUUAAAAAUGGAACGGAACAGACUGGAGGAGUUUGCGGAAUCUCUGCCUGUGGCUCGGCAUGGUGUAGGAUCAUCUCUUUCCACGCAGGAGUCAGGUCUGGAAGAAUCUGUAAGGAAGGAAGAAAAUAUGAAGGUAAAAUUCACAGAUGAUGAUCUGCCUGUGAAGCCCAAGAAGGAAUGGAUACACAUGGACAAUGUGGAGUUUGAGAAACUGGAAUGGAUGAAAGAUUUGCCCUCGCCCCGGCAGAAGAAAACCAAAAAGGGAAUGCAAGCUCGAUUCAGUUUAAAAGGAGAAUUGAUUCCUGCAGAUGCUGAUUUACCGACACAUCUAGGCCUGCAUCACCAUGGAGAAGAGGCAGAGAGAGCUGGUUAUUCUCUCCAAGAGCUCUUUCAUUUGUCUCGCAGCCAAGUUACUCAACAGAGGACACUGGCUCUACAGGUCUUGGGUCGUAUUGUUCAAAAGGCCAGGGCUGGAGAGUUUGCUUCCUCUUUGAAGGGCAGCAUUCUGCGUCUGCUGCUUGAUGCUGGGUUUCUCUUCUUGCUGCGCUUCUCACUGGAUGAUGCAGUGGAUAAUGUCAUGGCAGCAUCUGUUGGUGCUCUUCGGGCUCUGCUGGUGUCACUCGAUGAUGAGAAAUAUCUUGAUUGGACUUUCUCGUGGUACCAAGGAAUGGCUGCAUUCCCCUUUGUCCCCAACAAUGAGGAGGAAGAGGAGGAGGAAGAGGAAGAAUUAAGUGGAACAAAGAAGUCUCAAGAUAAAAAAUUAAAGGAUGAAAACAAGCCAGAUCCAGAUGUGGCCCGAUACGAUGUUGUAAAGGGACUUCUGAAGACACGGAUCCAGCACCGGCUGAGGUACAUCCUGGAGGUGGUACGACCUGUUCCAACAGUAGUCCUGGAUAUACUGCACAUCCUCACCCACAUAGCAAGGCACUCCUCUGAAGCAUGUAACCAGCUGCUUGACUGUCCUCGGUUGAUUGAGACCGUUGUCAGGGAAUUUCUCCCUACUCAGUGGGAUCCCCAAGUGGCUGAACCAGGGUGUUUACUGAGCAGCCUCCAUGGAGUUGCUUGCGCCACUGCUAUGAAGUUCAUCAGGGUGUUGGCAUCUGGAGGCCGCAAUGCAACAGCCAGGCUGCUUAACAAAUUUGAAAUGAAAAGUCGGUUAAGUCGAUUUAUAGCUGAAGACCCGCUGGAUCUGCUCCUGCCAAGGGAAGAAGCCAUCAGGCUAAGCACCGAAGCCUUCCGGUUGUGGGCUGUGGCUGCUGGCUAUGGUCAGGCCUGUGACCUCUACAGGGAUCUCUACCCUGUGCUGGUGAGGAUACUGCAGUCCCUGCCCGAGUUGCUCAGCACUUGCCGUGGGAAGAGCCCUAUGAUUGAGUUGUCUGUCCAGCGAGCUACGGCAGUAGUUACUCUGCUGAUACAUGUGACACAAACAGCAGGCUACACAGCAGAGCUGCAGGCCAAGCUGAGCAGUAAUAGCUCAGAAGACAGUGAACAGAUUCCACCUCCUCCAGUAGCGUGGAAUCAAGUGUCAGGCUUACAGCCUUUCCUUGAGACCAGUCUGAAAAAAUUCCUCCAGGAAAUAUCCCAGACAGAAACUUGGCAAACUCUCCAGCCUCUGACCACAACUUACGUGAUCUACUUGGGAGUUUAUUACAGUGCUUGCAGCCAACAGCCAUCAGUCAAUCCAAUUGACUGCUUAGAGGAACUGGAACGUUUGACAUCUGAGGUGCUGCAGCCCCUUCUCAGCCAGCCAGCCAUACACAACAUGUGGGACUUGCUCAGGCCAUGCUCUGCUUUGUGCAACCCUCUGUCCUGUUCCCCAGCACCAGAAUCUGUCUUCAGCAUUGCAUCUCUGAGUUGCACUGGAGGCAAACCUCCUUUGAGCCUGGUUGGCUCCAAGUCACCUUUCCCCUUCCUCACUGCCCUCCUAUUUCUCAUCAACAGCAUCACUCACAUCCACAAGGGCCUGACCGUCAAGUACAGCUCUGUGCUGGGCUUCAGAGGCUUGAAGGAUUAUCUGCAUCAAAGCUGGCAGAUCAGACCUCCCUCUGUAACUCCCUCAUCUGCGUGGAUCCUGCGCCAUGAAUAUCAUCUGCAGUACUUUGUGAUAGCGUUGGCUCGGAGAAUGGCAGGCACUUGUCCGGAUUACGCCCAGCAUGCCUCACUCCAUCACUGUGUUGCCAUGGCAUUGCUAAGCCGUCUGUUGCCAGGGAGUGAGCAUCUGGCUUACGAGGUCCUACUGGAUCUUGCCUUUAAUCCAGAGUUUCUUCCUGAAGGGAAAGCUGGAGGGCCAGAAGCAGCUGACUUCUCUGAUAUCCUGCAUCUGGGUACCAGUGCCAAACUGGCACAGCCUGGCUCUGCAGCAGCAUUUUUUUCAAAGGCUACCCGUGGUACCCUGCUGAGAGAAUCGUACCAGAAUCUGCCUUUUAUCCGCUCCUGCUACCUUUCUCAUUUUGUCCACUUGCAGCCUACCUUUAUGCGUUCCCAAGCAUUCUACCAAGGACGGAAUUACCUCAUCCAGUCAAUGCUGCUUCCUGAGGUCAAAGGGCCCAUCCUGCCUUCAGACUGGCCGUUCUUUCCACUUAUCAGCCUCUACAAUAAAGUGACUAAUGCAGAGACACGUGGGGCUGUACUGAACUCUCUCCCACUUGAUCUCGUCAACACUGUGACUUGGAACCUGCAGUGGGUCUUGUUGCUAGAAACCUGGCGUGCUAAAACCCUUCAGAGCAUCCCUACUGCUGCCAAACUUGCACGGCUUAUGUGUGUCUUCCUCACAGGCAGUGACCUCUUUCUAGAAGCACCAAUCCACCGCUACACAGCUGCCCUUCUUUCUGUGUAUUGCCAACCCAAGUCAUUGGACUCCCUGAACUUGGAUGCUCCUCUCCCUGGUUUGGCGUCCUUCCACGAUCUCUAUAUAAGUCUCCUGGAGCAGUUUGAAGGUGUCUCCUUUGGAGAUCCACUCUUUGGAGUCUUUGUUCUUCUACCUCUACAGAAGCGUUUCAGCGUUCAUCUGCGUCUCUCUGUUUUUGGGGAGCACACAAGUAUCCUACAGGCACUGGGAGUGCCACUCCAGCAGUUUCCUGUGCCUCUCGAGCGAUACACUUCCCCUCCUGAGGAUAACCUGAACCUCCUGCGGCUGUACUUCCGAACUCUGGUCACUGGUGCGCUGCGCCACACCUGGUGCCCUGUUCUUUAUGUGGUGGCUGUGGCUCAUGUGAACAGCUUUAUUUUCUCCCAAGACAGCACGACACAGGAGAUUGAUGCUGCUCGGAAAAGCAUGCUGCGGAAGACGUGGCUGUUGGUGGAUGAGACCUUGAAAAAGCACCUACUCUACUACAGACUGCUGAAUGCAGAGAGCCCUUUGGGAUUUGAUCUUUAUGAGCAGCUCCCUCCCGUGCGACUGAAGUACCUGCAAAUGGUGACCAAAGAAAAUAAGGAGAAUGCACUAGUGCUAGUCUCAUAGCAAAACAAUUGUGCAAGAAGAGGGCCAAGGUGAAGAAUGGAAGAGCUCAGUUUACGCUUCACUGAUGAACCUAUGUGCAUUUCAGACAGUUUGAGUGUCUUACCUGGACGCUCUUGGCAUCUUUGCAAAGUGAAGCACUAGUAGAAUGCUCCCAGCCCUGUAGAACAAUACACAUCUUCUCAAGAUAUGACAGUAUGUGUGUGGUCUUCCAUGAUGAAUGCUGGAGUAUUUUCCUCAAUUCUGUUUCAGGUUGUUCUGCUUCUCCCUGGAGAAGGUGAGAACUUGUCUGAAAGGCACUGAACUGUUGAAUAAACAGAAGGAAGUGGAAAAGCUAUUUCAUUCAGUCAGGCUGGAGACUGUGGGUUCUCAAGAUGAUGUCUGUCUCUCCCAGAUCUUUCCUUUGCCUUUUUUGGACCCUGAAUUUUGAAUGGUCCUUUCCCCACACCAUCUCCUGCAAAUAAAAUUGCAAUGCAACAGGGAAGAAGCUGAUCCUGAGAGCUGCUUUUUUUAAAAAUAUGUAUACAAGCAGUUUCUCCAGGACAGUGUUCUGUGACAGUCACGCAGACAUAUUGUGUCAGACCUCUAAGAAAUAAUAGUUCCUAGUGCAGUGGUAUAAACACUGGAUGUCCUCCCUUGGCUGUCUUUUGGAUAGUCUCUAAACUGCUUUCUUUUCUCCCUUAAUUUGGUUACAUGUAUAACAAGAUAAAUAAUUUCUUUGCAGGGCAGGAUGCUUGGCAGUAACCAUUGCCCAUUAGAGGGGAAAAGAAGUAUCUGCUUGUUUAGCUAGGAUGUAUGUAUUGGUUGCCCUCUGAGAAGAGGGGAAUGUAGUUUAAAUUUUAAAUUGGAGUUCCUAAGCUUAAACCUAAUUUUAAAAAUUCCUAAUUUGUUCCCACUUCUACAUCCAAGUUCUGUAUUGCAGCCUCAGACACAAGAGCUACAACUACAGUGUCCUAAAAGGCUCAUCACAAGUGCCAGGUCAAGUCCAGAAUUUACCCUAGGUGUGAUCUCACUGGAUGUUUCGUUUAUAUCCAAUAAUUUUUGCAGAACUACAGUCACUCUGGCAGGCUUUUGUUUGGAGAACUUUUAUGAGCAAAACUUGUUAAAGUUAUUUCUUUUAUUUUGUUCUUGGGAAUAAAUUCCUCUGGAAGGUGCAAGGUGAUGCCUAGCCUGAAGACCUAAGCUUCUCUCUUUACCUAUCAAACAGGCCAAGCUAGCUUCCCUCCAAAGAAACCAUGCCUUUAUUAAUGUUGCUCCAGUGAAUGUCCUAAUAAGAGUGUGAAACACUGUUAAUAGGCCAGCUUGUAACUGUUGAAAUUGUUCCACACAAGAAACAAAUUCAAGCUAGCAGCUUUAUAGCUGUGGUGCUGUCUUUACAUUGGCAGUUUUCUAAGUGUACCAGUCCCCCUUAGGUCACCAGAAAAUAUACUGUUUCAUCUUUUUCCCCCUUAUUUCAGAUAGGACAUGGGCAGAACUGAUGUUUCAUUUUAAACUCUCUCUUCCCUCCCCCCACCCCGCUUUUUUUCCUUCUAUUGCAGCUUUUGAUCUGUGGUUUCUCUCUGCUGCAGAUCAAUGGCACAUAAAGUAACAAAAGCACAGUGGUCAACAUGGGUUUUUUUGUUGUUAAUUAUUUUAAAAGUACUUGAUGUCAUUAAAAGUUUAAUCAAAGGCAUUCAAGUUUCUAUUCUGUCUGGAUGGUGAGAGCCCAGCAGUUGUCUUUCCAGAGCAAUGGACGGUAAAAUUUAAGGACUCCUAGCUGCCCGUUUAAGAGCAGCCUUCAUCAAGGACUUUGCCUUUUGCUUUUCAGACCUCCAGUUAUAAAAACUCUUCCAGUCUUUUCUGCGAUGCUGAGUUUUGUAAUGUGUACAGGGUGUAAAUAAAUAUUUUGAUAGCUCUGCAGGUUGUUUUGGAA